AUGCGUUCAGUGAAACUUUUAGCUGAAUUUGAUCCUGUUAUGAAUGAGUUAUUGAAUGAUGAAAAAAAAAAAAUCAAAUAUCUUAGCUGGAAAGUACAGAAUGAAUUAAUUAGUAUACUUGCUACUAAUGUAAGAAAUUUAAUUUGUCAAAAAGUUCAAAAUUCGCAAUGCUUUUCUAUUAUUGUCGACUCCACACAAGACAUAACAAAAAUUGAUCAAGUCAGUAUAAUUUUGCGUUAUACAAUACUCAACUUUGAUGAACGAAGUUUAAGUAUUGAAGAGUCAUUUUUAGGGUUUUAUGCCAUUGAUAAACAUGGUGCUAAGGAUUAUGAAGAUCUUAUAAUUUCCAUUCUUAAGGCAUUAAAUAUUAAUAUAAGCAAAUGCAGAGGUCAAGGGUAUGAUGGUGCAUCAGUAAUGAGCGGGCUUUAUUCAGGUGUUCAAAAACGAAUCAAAGAUCAAGUUCCCUUAGCACAAUAUGUACAUUGUUGUGCACACAAUUUAAACCUGGUUAUUUCAGAUGCUGCUAAAACUUUUGGCGAAGCUGAUGCCAAAAAAAUAAAAGCUAAAGUUCUGAAAAAGUUAUGUGUGACAAGAUGGGAAGCACGACAUGAAUCGAUUUAUUCACUAAAAGUCAGAUUUAUUGAUGUACUGAAAGCUUUAACAAAUAUAUCCUUAACAAGUUCUAAAACCGACGAAAAGAGUAUGAGUUUAUCUUUGAAAAAAAAAUUAGAAUCUGUAGAAUUUAUUUUCCUUCUUUGUUUAUGGGAAGAAAUUUUAAAACCCUUACACGGAGUGUCUAAGUCUCUUCAAAAAAAAGAUACAAAUUUACAUAAUGCAUGUGAAAACUUGAAACAAGCUACAUCUACGAUUAAAGAAUUGAGAAAUAAUUAUCAUACUUUAAUGGAAACAGCCAAAUGUAUGUGUACAAAAUGGGGGAUUCCUCAGGAAUUUCACGUACAUAGAUUAAAGUUUGGAAGAAGAUAUUUUGAUGAAGUAGAUGGCGACCGUCGAUUAGAUAUUUCAGAAGAUAAUUUAAGAAUCAAGGUUUUUCUUCCAGUCAUUGAUACAGUAAUUUUUCAAUUAGAUAAUCGAUUCCAGGGUUUAAAAAAGGUAAUUAAAUAUUUUGAUUUCUUAAAUCCUUUUUCAUUGGUUAAUAGCACGGAAGAUGAUAUCAUUAAAGCUUCUGAAGUAUUAAGUGCUUGUAUUAUAUAUCUCACAUUACCAGUAACGGUUGCAUCAGCGGAACGUACGUUUUCGAUGCUUAAAUUAAUUAAGAAUUAUUUAAGAAAUUCAAUGGGUCAAAAUCGUUUGUCAAAUAUUGCUCUGUUAAACAUUGAAAAAGAACAAGCUAAUAUUCUAGAUAUGGACAAAAUAAUCAAUCAAUUUGCUGAAACCAAAGCUAGAAAAGUUAAUAUACUUAGUUAA